AUGUUAGGUGGUCUUGAUUGCACGCACUGGGAGUGGGCGACAUGUCCAACCGCUUGGAAAGGGCAACACCAUCGUGGUGACCACGAUGGUCCUACCCUAAUAUUACAAGCGGCCGCGUCUCAAGAUUUAUGGAUUUGUCAUGCGUACUUUGGCAUGGACGUUGCAAACAAUGACAUCGCAGUUUUACAAUCUUCGAAUCUUUUUGACGAUGUCAUAGAUGGUGUUGCACCAGAUACUUCAUUCUAUGCAAACGACAUAGAGUAUAAGUAUGGGUACUAUCUCACAGACGGUAUUUUUCCGGAGUGGGCGACGUUUGUGAAAAUUCUUUCGUGUCUAGAUGACGAGAAAAGAAUGUAUUUCAAGAAGAAACAAGAGUCAGCAAGAAAAGAUAUCGAGCGGGUUUUCGGUGUGUUAAAAAAAUGA